GUCAGCUCGACGUUCAAGAUGGCGGGAGCUGAAAGUGGAUUCGUACUUUUUCAGCGUGGAGAGACUGAUGAUAGUGAUGCCUGGGAUGAUACAGCUCUAAUUAAAGCGUAUGAUGAGGCCAUUGCUGCUGUCAAGUCUAAACUCAAUGGGAGUGAGAAUGAUGAAGUAAAUGAUACACCAGAUCCAAUCCCAGUUAAACAUGGCCAUGGUAAAAAAAAGAAAAAUAAACAUAAAAAUAAACCAAGGAAAAGACAGAAGUGGAAGUUAAAUGAUUAUUGUCGAGCUGUAUACAGUGAGGAUGGUUAUAUUUAUAAUGCUAAGAUAAUAUCUAUAGAUACCACUACUGAUACUUGUAUUGUCAAGUAUAUGGAUUAUGGAAAUGAGGAGAAACAGAAUAUUGCUGCCUUAUUACGACCUAUAGCUCAUUAUAGUGAUGAUAAACUUACUUCAGCUAGUGAGACAGAAAGUCAAGAUCAAGAGGGAGAGGAUACUGGAGCAGCCAAAUCAAAUCAUUGGAACAUUCCUGGUUUUCAUCCCCCGCCUCCUCCAUUUCCAGGAAUGAUGCCACCACCGUUUCCUCCAGGUGCUGCUGGUAUGUUACCUGGUUUUAGAGGUCAAAGAUCACCUAGAAUACCGACGAUACCCCCUCCCCCACCCCCUUUUUAUGAUGAUAAUAUAGAGAAUGACGAAGAUGCUCUAUCUUGUAUGUUAAUAUCGUGGUAUAUGAGUGGAUACCAUACAGGAUAUUACCAGGGAUUAAAACAAGCUCGGCAACAAACUAGUGGAAAAUCUCAUCACCAUCAUCAUAAUCAUCAUAGCCAUCAUGGUGGUGUUCGGUGAAAUAAAAUAUGUUGAAAGUUUGGUGAAAUAUUGUGCUACACAGAUACUGCUGAUGAAACUUGGGUUGACUGUUUUACUAACUCUGUUAAUACGGCCAAACCAUGGUCAGUACGACUGAGUGGCAAUCUUUGACAACUAUAUUUUUUAACAGAUAUCUUUAUUUGUGACCUCGGCCAGUGUUGACGUAGGAAUUUCUAUGAACUUCUUCACUCUUAACACAAAUUUUAAUGAUUAAAGUUCACAUCAAAUAAUGUUGAAUAGUUCAGAAGACAUAUAUGUAGAGAAGAGCUCAAUUGAUGAGUUCCUGAUUAAUGGAAUCAACUGAACGUUAAAUAAAACAAAUUGGAAUAUAAUUCAGAAUGUUUAGUAGGUGCAGACAGAAUUCAAUAUGGCCGAGAAGGAAAUAGAUGGAGAAAUUUUGAAAGUGACAUAUUUUGCUUCUAUACCACUCGUUUGAGAAUUUGUAAUGACGGAAUCUCUUCAGAACUCUUCAAUGGAGCGCCACCUAGAAUUCUUCUAAUCAUGAGAAGAUGUAGGACAAAUGCAAGAAGGUGAAAUGAAAUGUAAUUUUGCCUUUGAUUUUUGGUGCCAGUUUUUUUUUUUUUUUAUAAUAUUUGUCAGAUUUGACAGUGGAAUCUUUUUAAUGUAAAUAAUUUUGUGUUUUUUUUAUCAUGGGUAAAGUAAGUCAAAAGUAAUAAAGCUGACUUACAAUCAAGUUUAUCUUGCAACGGUUUUGAAAUAUAGUUUUACAUCAAACUUUUAUGUUGGGCAUUUACAGAGGUAAAUAAAAAAAAAUAUCAAAACUGAUUAGAAAUUAUGAACUAUUUAAAAAAAACAUACAAUUCAAUUAUCAAUCAUUUAUUGUCCUUAAACAAUAUAUAAUCAAAUAUACAGUGUAAAAAAAAUAUAUUUAAACAGUUAUCAAAAACUUAAGUAUUAAAUAGUCCUUUAAAAUCAGCAUACAUAGAGUGGAGUCAGUAGCUUCCCUCGUGACAGGGAAAAAAUAGAAGGCAAACAGACUCAAUGACAUGACAACUGUCAAGGUUGAAUUUAAAAUUUUCAUGUGGACGUAUAAAAACUAUUGAGACCCUAAGAAUCCAGUCUGUGUAGAGAAGAAACUCUGAUAAUAAUACAUUAGUUCAUUAACUCAGUUGAUACAAUCGCUCCUGCUAUUUCCGAGUAAAAUGUCUAUUCGGAAAAACAUUAGACUAGUUAUCAACUGAAAACACUUUAUAUCGACAUGAAAAAUCCCAGAGAGUGAAGAAAUUUGAUUGGGUUUGGGUGUCAUCAAACAGAUGUAUGUUCAAGAAGGCCGUCUUAAGACCCUAACUGAAAUGCUUAAAUUAAAAAAGAUAGCUUGCCAGGCAAGGUAACAUACGCCCACUGGCAGCUGUCAGAGAUGAUAAUCUUUAUUGACCAAAAAUAUAUUAAAGAUCUUCAAUAAUAAUACAAAUUUCUCAUAUUGACAAUCUUCAUUAUGCAUUUGUAGUUCAAUAGCAAUAACCCAGAAGC